GUGGCGGUAAUGCACCUCUAAGGUGGUUUUCAACCACCAUUUAAAACCGGAAAAACAAGAACAAGAAGCCGCGGUCGUCAUUUCCGGUCACAGAGUAAACAAGAUGGCGUCAGGUAGUGGGUCGAGUAAAAACGAUUUCCGGCGGAAAUGGGACAAAGACGAGUACGAAAACCUCGCCCAGAAGCGCCUGGCGGAGGAGCGAGAGCGCGAGCGGCGAGAUGGGAAAACGGCGCCGCCGGUCAAGCGGGACCUCCUGCGUCACCGGGACUACAAAGUGGAUCUGGAGUCCAAACUGGGGAAGACCAUCGUCAUCACCAAGACCACGCCGCAGGCCGAGAUGGGCGGGUAUUACUGCAACGUGUGUGACUGUGUGGUCAAAGACUCCAUCAACUUCUUGGAUCACAUCAACGGCAAAAAACAUCAGAGGAACCUGGGCAUGUCGAUGCGGGUCGAGCGCUCGUCUCUGGAUCAGGUGAAGAAGAGAUUUGAGGUGAACAAGAAGAAGCUGGAGGAGAAGCAGAAGGAGUACGACUUCGAGGAGCGGAUGAAGGAGCUGAGAGAGGAGGAGGAGAAGGCGAAGGCCUACAAGAAGGAGAAGCAGAAGGAGCGGAAGCGGCGGGCGGAGGAGGAUGUGGACUUUGAGGAGGAUGACGAGAUGGCGGCGGUGAUGGGGUUCUCCGGCUUCGGCUCGUCCAAGAAGAGUCACUGAAACUCCAGCACUCUGAGGCAGGAAGCUGCUUUCUGCCUCACCCCUACGCUAGGCAGAGCUUCAGACACGGGAGGAGCAGGCGUCGCCCCUCGUCUUGGACUCUUAUUUUGUUAUUCACAACAAGACUCUUAUUUUGGUAGUCCACACAGAUUUAAUCAGCUGCUUCCUGUCACCUGAUGCUGAUUGUGUUUGUUAAAUCCUGCAGGCAAUAAAUGCAGCAGGUCAAAGGUCAGACAGUAGCUGUCAGCAGUGAGGAUGUGUUCAGGGUUGCACAGAUAAAAUCUGAAAUUUUUAUUUUUAUUUUCUGAGGCGUCUGUUUGAGCUUCUUCACAUAAAGCUUUGAUUCAAACACGAUUUAGAAAACAAAAACUUUAUUUAAAGCAAAGCUCAGACAGUUCAGUCUCCGUCUGUGUCGGCCCUCGGCAUGCUGGGAAAGUCAGAUUGUAAUAAACCUUUUUUUAUUUCUGA